AUGUCUUUCUUCGAUCCUGCACCCAAGCCCAAGAGUCUUCUUGGCUACCAUAGAGUCCUAGCACCUACUGCAGGCAUCAAAUGUUCUCCAUUGUGUCUGGGAGCCAUGAACUUCGGCACUGGAUGGAAAGAUUUCAUGGGAGAGUGCGGUAAAGGAGACAGCUUCGCUGUGCUCGACACCUUCUUCGACCUCGGCGGCAACUUCAUCGAUACCGCAAACGCGUACCAAUGCGAAGAAUCUGAAGAAUGGAUCGGCGAAUGGAUGGAGAAGAAAGGAAACCGCGAUCAGAUGGUCAUUGCCACCAAAUACACCACCGGAUACCGCGGCCACGCUCGUGAUGCAGAACCCCUCCAGUCCAACUUUGUCGGCAACUCCUUCAAGUCGAUGCAUAUUUCUGUCAACCGCUCGCUGAAGAAGAUGCGUACGGAUUAUAUUGAUUUGCUGUAUGUGCAUUGGUGGGAUUUCACUACCAGUGUUGAGGAAGUCAUGCAUGGUCUCAAUGCUUUGAUCACUGCUGGCAAGGUCUUGUAUCUCGGAGUCUCGGAUACACCUGCUUGGGUCGUCGUCAAGGCUAAUGAGUAUGCUCGGUCUCAUGGUCUGCGUCCUUUCUCGGUAUACCAGGGCAAGUGGAAUGCUUCGUACAGAGAUAUGGAAAGGGAGAUUAUCCCCAUGUGUCAAGAUCAAGGCAUGGCACUCGCACCCUGGGGUCCUCUGGGCCAGGGCAAAUUCAAGACAAAGGAAGCCCGCAGCAAAGACCACGAAGGCUCUGCUCGCGCCUCAAAGUCCAGCGAGCACGAAGAUGCCAUCUCAGAUGCCCUCGAGAAGGUCGCUGAAAAGCACAACGCUACUCUUCAUGGCGUCGCUCUCGCCUACGUCAUGCAUAAGACCCCCAACGUGUUCCCCAUCGUUGGCCAACGCAAGGUCGAACACCUCAAGGCCAAUGUCGAAGCCUUGAGUAUAACUCUUACCCAAGAGGAUUUGAACGAGAUUGAGGCUGCGGCUCCGUUUGACCCUGGAUUCCCUCAUACCUUUAUCUUUGCUGAGAAGUUUGAUGUCACGAACAACACGGCAGCGGAUGUCAAGCUUACUGGUUUGGCGGCUAGAAUCGAUGCUCCUCCUAAGCAGAAGCCCGUUGCAGCUCGCUCUGAGGUCUGA